AUGCCACUCGAACCUCAGGGACCACAUUAUUACUCCAUCACUGAGCCAUUUAACAUGGAUACCGCCACCCAAGGGAAAGCAGAAGCUGGGGAGUCAUCCGCGUCGAUAGAUAAGAAUUUGCUAAAGCAAUUGGAUCGGUUUGAGGAGUUCAUAAGGAAAAGCCAAGGUUUGAACAAACAAGGAGGUCUGGACUACAGCGAGCUGUGCCUAUUUCCGGAUAUGCAAUUGCCCAUGGGUUUCAAAACGCCCAAGUUUAGCAAGUAUGACGGAACAGGCAACCCUAAGACGCAUCCCCGAAUGUUUGCCAACAAGUUGGGCAAGCCAAUAAAUGAUGAAAACUUGCCAGUUCGGUUAUUCCCCGAGAGCUUAGAAGGCGAUGCACUAGACUGGUAUUCCAAUUUAAAGCCUGAAGAUAUGAGGACAUGGGUGGAUUUAUCAACUGCAUUUGUAAGACAAUACGAGUACAAUUGUGAGCUUGCUCCAAUGAGGGCCACACUUGAGGGGACUAAAAGAAAGCCAUCUGAGGAUCACAAGACGUGUGCAAGGAGAUGGAGAAAAUUGGCAGCCAAAGUGGAGCCUCCCAUGACUGAAAAUGAUAUUGUUCGCACGUUCAUCAAAGCUCAUGACCCGCCCUAUUUUGAGGAAAUUUUUCGAAUGAUUGGGUGUUCCUUUGCUGAAAUUGUCAAUAAAUUGGAAGAAUUUGAUGAGUUUGUGAAGGGCGGAAAAAUUGUUAAUGUGUCAACAUUGAAGAUGCAACUAGAGGCUCUGCAAGGCCAAAAUAACAGUGGGAAGAAAUCCCAAUUUAAGGGAAAAGAAGGGGAAACUGCUUUUGUUGGGGAUCAGGGCCCCUCGGCCAGACCUAGAUUUUCAAACCGCAUUGCUUAUUCAUCACCCUAUCCAUACUACCCAAACUCCCGUCCUAUCCACCAUACUCAACCUCGACCAAAUUAUCCAAAUGUACUCGCACCACCCUUUCAAAACCCUCAACCAAAUGUCCAAGCUAGACCUCGCCCUCCUUUUAACCCAAGACCUAUUCCACCCCCUAGCCCAAAUUAUUACUACCAACAAACCAGUGACACCCAAAAUUCAACGCCAUACCGAACCUUCACCAAUCUAGGUCGGCCUGUUGACCAAUUAUAUGAGCAAUUGAAAGCUGCCGGAAAAAUUGGUGUUAUACCUCCUAAGAUCUAUUCUAAGCGCUUUCCCUCUGACUAUGACUCUCAAGCAGUCUGCGCUUAUCAUUCUGGAGCUCCCGGGCAUUCCACCAAUGAUUGUCGGGCAUUGAAACAUAAAAUCCAUGAUAUGAUCGAAUUCGGAGAAAUAGUGCUAAGGAAAAAGGGUGAACAAGGACCGAGCAUAAGUACAAAUCCCUUUCUCGAACACAAGGACGCCUUUGAGGCAUCCACCCCCAAUGAAGAAAUUUGA